AUUGGCCCACAAGCAACCAAUGUACUUCUGAAGCUCCCUGUGCAUUUAUGACCAAGCUGAUUUUGCCACAAGGUCCCCCAUGCCGCCAACAAGAGUGGUAAUGAGAAUGUGGCCUCGCCAACGACUAGCAAGGGAAAGAAGGCUGCUGGGAAGGCAAAGCCGGCCGAGGAGAAUGAUUCCGCUGAGCAGGAGAAGCCUGUUGAGGAGCCCAAGACAGCUGUCAAAAAGCGCGCUUCCAGGGGCAGAGUCAGCUUGGCCGCCGCCCCUGAGCCUGGAGCCUCUCCAGCGCUCAAGAAAUGUGCCUCGACGAGCAAGGCCAGCGCAGCCGCUCCUAAGCCAAAAGCAGCGCCAGCAUCUAGGAAGCGCAAAUCUGAUGCCGGCGCCGAGGAGCCUGAAGGCAUCCCAGAAAUCGCAGAGGACGAUCCGCGCCUUGACGUCGUGGACGAGACAUGCCAGCAGAUCCGCUCCAAGAUCCGCCGCUUCAUCGAGUCAGGGGCUAUGACCGUGGGCGAGUUCCAAAAGGCCAUCGUCGUUACGCCCACGACAUAUCAGCGCUUCAUGGCCGUUAAUGGCCGCGAUAAGGGAGAGGGGAGCCUCGUGUACCCCCACGCGUCGCGAUUCUUCAAGAAGCGGGAAUUGCAGGGAUUGAAGGCCGUGCCGCCUAAGAAGAAGGCGAAAACCGAUGGUGCUGCUGGCGAAAAGCCCAAGCCCGGGGGCAAGACGACCAAGGAGGCGGCGGCUGAUGCACUUGAUGUUGGCGAUGUUCAUUUGGAUGGUGAGGAUACGGGCGAUGUUCCCGUUUAUGAUACGUGUGACGAGAUCCGCCGGAAGAUCCGCACCAUCCUGCGCAAGGAUGGUGUCACCCAGGCGGCGUUUUGUCGCGCCAUUGCGAAGGAGUGCGCCGCGGAACAGACGAUCCAGCCUCGGCAGUUGACCGCGUUUCUGGGAACGAAGGGGGUCACGAACGGGAAUACCACUCUGGUGUUCUACGGGAGCUAUGUGUUUUUCGAGAAACAGAGAGUCAAGGACAAUAAGCCCAAGAGCAAGAUGCGAUUGCAGAUGGAGCAGGUUUGGCAAGGCCCCGAUAACGGGAAGGGGCCGGGCAAGAAGGGCAUGAAUACGGUAGAUAACCUUGAUGGGCCUUUGUGGAUUCGUCAUAACGAACGGGCGGUUCAGGAUAAGUAUGGACGGUUGGAGUUCGUGAAGAAAGGGAGGUAGGUCAAGGAGACGUCACUGCUGGGUCAGGUCACGGUGGGAUGAAUUUGGUUUCUAUAUACAAGACGGGGGUUGAAACAGAUAUAAAAGUUUAUGUGGUUCCGUGGUCUAUGAGUCGAAUCUCCCUUCACAGUGUGCUAUGCCGUUUCCAAUAUCUGCUGACUGCGCAUCCUGAUAAACCGUCUCGAAAG